GUUUUUCGCACAGCUUCCUGUCAGCCAUGGGUGCCCCUGCACGACGCGCGCUCUGGAUCCUGUACGUGUGCUUCACGGCCCUGCGGACAAAUGCUCUGAGGGUGUCCAUGAGGGAGUCCACAGUGGAAGUGGUCCGAGGAGAUUCCGUCAUCCUGCCCUGCUCCUUCUUCGCAUCCAGUCCUCUCUCCCGUCUCAACAUAAUCUGGACCCUGGCUCCCUUCUCCAAUCCAGAAUCCCCUAUUCAGGUGAUCGUGUAUGAUCAUGGCCAGAUUAUAGAAGACCCCUCUCUCAUUGGAAGGGUGGGCUUUACAGGCAUCCCAUGGAGUGCAGACAUCAUGGUGAACGACACUCAGAUCUCCGACGCUGGGAUUUAUCGCUGCAUGGUCAACAACCCUCCAGAGACAGCAGAUGCCAGCAUUGGAGAAUUGCUGCUCAGUGUUUUGGUGGCACCGUCGCUGCCCGCAUGCCGGUGGGAUGGCGACAUGGAAGCAGGGGGCAGUGUCACGUUGUCCUGCUCGGUUGCCGAGGGCGUUCCCACUCCAGAGAUCCGCUGGGAUAAACUCAACCCAGAGGAAAUUUCCCUACCCAUCAACAUGGAGGGAGAGCUGUCGGGUUCGGUCCAGAUCGUCAACGUAUCGUUGCAGACGUCAGGCCUUUAUCGUUGCUCCGCCUCCAACCUCCUGGCAACGGUGAACUGCUACAUCAACCUGUCCGUCUACAGCGCAGUGGCACAGAGUCACUCGGGGAUCCUGCAGGGGGUGUUGCUGACUUUGUCCAUGAGCCUAAUGCUGCUGGCCCUGCUGGUGCUCUUGGCGUGGCUUCAUCGUACCAGCCAGGAUGGUCGACAGAGGGUCUCCAAAGAGGAAGAGGAGGAGGAGGAAGGCUACAAUGAGAUCCGCUAUACUCCGUCCCUGAUGAAGCGCUCCUUUGUGUAAGACGUGAUCAUGGAAUAAAGGGACAACAUAGGACACUCAAAA